GGCCCGGGGCGGAGCUUGGCCACAGCGCCUGGCUGCAGGCGGCCGGGCGAACGGGCUCGGCGCGCAGGUGGCUCCUCCUUCGCUUCUCCCGAUCCCCGGUGGUGCCAGGAACGGUGCCGGCUGCCGAGGGAACGCCUUUGUGCCCGGUCCCGGGAACCCGCGACGGCCGCCGCGCGCCCCGGUCCAUUGUUUCGCUUCUCUGGGUUCCAGGCAGGUGCGGGCGGCGCGCGGGGUCCGCACGUGUCACCCCGGCGGCUGGGGCGCCGGGACCCGCGGGCGCCGGCAGGGGCGUUCCCGGGCGCGCGGCUACGAUGAAGCACCUGAAGCGGUGGUGGUCGGCCGGCGGCGGCCUCCUGCACCUCACCCUCCUGCUGAGCUUGGCGGGGCUCCGCGUAGACCUAGAUCUUUACCUGCUGCUGCCGCCGCCCACCCUGCUCCAGGACGAGCUGCUGUUCCUGGGCAGCCCGGCCAGCUCCGCCUACGCGCUCAGCCCCUUCUCGGCCUCGGGAGAGUGGGGGCGCGCGGGCCAGUUGCACCCCAAGGGCCGGGAGCUGGACCCUGCCGCGCCGCCCGAGGGCCAGCUGCUCCGGAAGGUGUGCGCGCUCGGGGUCCCCUUCAUCCCUCGCACCAGGGUGGAUGCGUGGCUGGUGCACAGCGUGGCUGCCGGGAGCGCGGACGAGGCCCACGGGCUGCUCGGCGCCGCCGCCGCCUCGUCCACCGGAGGAGCCGGCGCCAGCGUGGACGGCGGCAGCCAGGCUGUGCAGGGGGGCGGCGGGGACCCCCGAGCGGCUCGGAGUGGCCCCUUGGACACCGGGGAAGAGGAUGAGGCACCCGCGGAACCGACGGCUCAGGUGCCGGACGCUGGCGGAUGUGCGAGCGAGGAGAACGAGGUGCUAAGAGAAAAGCACGAAGCUGUGGAUCAUAGUUCCCAGCAUGAGGAAAAUGAAGAAAGGGUGUCAGCCCAGAAGGAGAACUCACUUCAGCAGAAUAAUGAUGAUGGGAACAAAAUAGCAGAGAAACCUGAUUGGGAGGCAGAAAAGACCAGUGAAUCUAGAAAUGAGAGACAUCUGAAUGGGACAGAUACUUCUUUCUCUCUGGAAGACUUAUUCCAGUUGCUUUCAUCACAGCCUGAAAAUUCACUGGAGGGCAUCUCAUUGGGAGAUAUUCCUCUUCCAGGCAGUAUCAAUGAUGGCAUGAAUUCUUCACCACAUUAUCAUGUAAACUUUAGCCAGGCUAUAAGUCAGGAUGUGAAUCUUCAUGAGGCCAUCUUGCUUUGUCCCAACAAUACAUUUAGAAGAGAUGCAAUAGCAAGGACUUCACAGUCACAAGAACCAUUUCUGCAGUUAAGUUCUCCUACCACCAAUCCUGAGCAAACUCUUCCUGGAAAUAAUUUGACAGGAUUUCUUUCACCGGUUGACAAUCAUAUGAGGAAUCUAACAAGCCAAGACCUACUGUAUGACCUUGACGUAAAUAUAUUUGAUGAGAUAAACUUAAUGUCAUUGGCCACAGAAGACAACUUUGAACCAAUCGAUGUUUCUCAGCUUUUUGAUGAACCAGAUUCUGAUUCUGGCCUUUCUUUAGAUUCCAGUCACAAUAGUACCUCUGUCAUCAAGUCUAAUUCCUCUCACUGUGUGUGUGAUGAAGGUGCUAUAGGUUAUUGUACUGACCAUGAAUCUAGUUCCCAUCAUGACUUAGAAGGUGCUGUAGGCGGCUACUACCCAGAACCCAAUAAGCUUUGUCACUUGGAUCAGAGUGAUUCUGGUUCCCAUGGGGAUCUUACGUUUCAACACGUAUUUCAUAACCACACUUACCACGUACAGCCAAGUGCACCAGAAUCUACUUCUGAACCUUUUUCGUGGCCUGGGAAGUCACAGAAGAUAAGGAGUAGGUACCUUGAAGACACAGAUAGAAACCUGAGCCGUGAUGAACAGCGUGCUAAAGCUUUGCAUAUCCCUUUUUCUGUAGAUGAAAUUGUCGGCAUGCCUGUUGAUUCUUUCAAUAGCAUGUUAAGUAAGUAUUAUCUGACAGACCUACAAGUCUCACUUAUCCGUGAUAUCAGACGAAGAGGGAAAAAUAAAGUUGCUGCGCAGAACUGUCGUAAACGCAAAUUGGACAUAAUUUUGAAUCUAGAAGAUGAUGUAUGUAACUUGCAAGCAAAGAAGGAAACUCUAAAGAGAGAGCAAGCACAAUGUAACAAAGCUAUUAACAUAAUGAAACAGAAACUGCAUGACCUUUAUCAUGAUAUUUUUAGUAGAUUAAGAGAUGACCAAGGUAGGCCAGUCAAUCCAAACCACUAUGCUCUUCAGUGUACCCAUGAUGGAAGUAUCUUGAUAGUACCCAAAGAACUGGUGGCCUCAGGCCACAAAAAGGAAACCCAAAAGGGAAAAAAAGUGAGAAGAAACUGAGGAUGGACUAUAUUACGUGUUAAUGUUCAGAAACUGAUUAUUUGGAUCAGAAACCAUUGAAACUGCUUCAAGAAUUAUAUCUUUAAGUACUGCUACUUGAAUAACUCAGUUAAGGCUCUGUUUUGAAGCUCAUGUGGACAAAUGUUUAGGACUUCAAGAUCACACUUGUGGGAAAUCUGGGGAAGCCACAACUUUUCAUGAAAUGCAUUGUAUACAAAAUUCAUAGUUAUGUCCAAAGAAUAGGUUAACAUGAAAACCCAGUAAGACUUUCCAUCUUGGUAGCCAUCCUUUUUAAGAGUAAGUCGGCUACUUCAAAAAGAGCAAACACUGGGGAUCAAAUUAUCUUAAGAGGUAUUUCAGUUUUAAAUGCAAAAUAGCCUUAUUUUCAUUUAGUUUGUUAGCACUAUAGUGAGCUUUUCAAACACAUUUUAAUCUUUAUAUUUAACUUAUAAAUUGUGCUUUCUAUGGAAAUAAAUUUUGUAUUUGUAUUAAAAAUUAACUUUUCCCUUUUAUACAGAAAUCUCAACCAAAUUUACCUUUCCUUCCAAAAUAUCCACAUUCAGGAAUAUAGGUGAAUAACAAAUAGAGCAGCAUAGCAAAUUCCUCAGACUCAAGCCAAAUUGAGGUCAACAUAGUAUGCCAAAAUAAGGCAAAUCCACCCCCCUACCCCAAUACUUAACACACUGAAUGCUAUGUGAUAUAGAAUGCAUUGAAGACCUAUGGUCACUUAAACUGGUAGUUUAAGCCACAGGCCUUCCUCAUGUAACCAGAGACAGAAUGGGCUACUUGCAAAAAUAUAACUCCUUGUGUGUAUAUUAAAUCCAUAAAAUCUCUGGCAGUAAAGCCAGCCUGAAGGGAUGGCCUCACCAUCUUAGAAUACUGAGAUCUCACCAGAACAUUGUAAGCCAUAUAAACAAACAGUAGGGGAAGAGUCAGUAACGGUGAAACCAUCUAAAAGAUUUAAGUGUUUAAAAUGGGCAAAAGCAAUUAGGGGAAAAAAACAGGUGAAUUUGAAAAUAAACCAGGGUAAGGUAAAUUCUAGAAAUAAUGGCAUUUGAAAUGAAAACCUCACUUAAGUUCACUGGAACAGUAACAGAAGAUUGUUGAAUUUUCUGAAGACAGCAAUGACCUCACCUAGAAGCCUGUCAAGUUUGGGGAACAUCAAGAUUUUGAUGUGUACUAUAAUGCUUAAUGUGUCCAAAUUUUCAAAAUGAAGUUUCUGCCACAGGAGCUACAGUGUAAAGUAUCACAUAAAUAUCUUGGGCUAGAGAAAUGCAGUUUAUAUAUACCGUCGGAUUUUUAUAAUAAAUUUUUCUUCCCAA